UCUCCGGUAGAUAAAAUUCGAGCGAUAGUUAUAUUUGUAUUAAACGAAUGAUUGAUAAUUAACGCGAGAAACAAUUUUCUCGAGCGUGAUCGCUUCAAGCUGAAACCUUAUACUAUGGAUCGUGCGGUGAGCAUUAAUACAAGGGGGAGAAACUGUACCUAUACGAAAGCGUUUCAUAGAGAAGGGGCGGUGCAAGGAACGACAACGGGGAUUAGAAGGAGGCCGAGAGUGGAUGGGGGCUGGAGUAUCGAUGGUGGGGAGUCCCAUAGUAGAGUAGGGAGAGUAAUGUUACCGACGAACAGUCCCUUCUACUAUCGAGAUACGCACCACGAGGUGAGAGAAUGGACGUGCAACCAAGGUGAUUCAGAUGCGCGCGUUAACUCGUACUAAAUCAUUUUCUUACAAGUUUUUCGCUUUUGAAAUCGCGCCGUUUUUCGAGUUGGACAUACCCGAGGUAUCGAUUUCGGCAUAAUUCCUUUUUAUUAUAUUUUUUGCGGUCAAACGUUAAGAAAGAUAUAUUUCAAAUGACAGAAGUAAAAAGAGAGAGAAAAUAGAUCCUCGUUGGAAAUCUUUUUAUAUGGGAAAGGGUUCGUUUAUGGUGAUAGAAUUUAUGAAGUGUUCAGAGAAGAAUGGAUUUGUGAAGUAAAGGAAUGAUAAAACGUGCUACUUUUAUGAGAAGAUAGAGAAAGAAAAAGCAGAUCUUUUUAAAAGCAACAGAAAUUUUGACAUACGUAGAAAAACAGAUAUUACAUACAGUCGAUUUAAUAUAGUCCUUUUCUUCUACUACUGUCAUUAUUUCACACUAUCGAUUCUUGGAUUUUAUUCAAUACUUCUGGAAUUCUCGAAGAAACACCCGUCGUUACCGUAGUGAAUUAAAUGUCGACGAAAACAGGAAGACCGUCAUCUCCUCGACGGUUCUUCGCUCGUAUCUAUGGUCAUUUAGAAUCGACGAAGAAAGUGAAUGAGGAAGUGGAAGAUUCGAAAUCAAGAACAAAUUUGGAAUCUUCGACAAGAGUGAACGUCUGCGAAAAAAGCACGAAUUCUGGCUCGGAAACCUUGCGUUCCUCUCCUCUUGGUGAUGUUAUACAAGCGAAUAACGUAACGGAAGCGAUUGAGAAAGAAGAAAAUAAAACGCAAGAUCCUGAAAGAUUGAGAAUACCUCAAGAUGAUGCAAGAAUAUCCGAAAAGGAUUCUCGGUUACCGACCUUAGGAAUACCCUUUUUAUCUCACACAUUUUUUCCCGGUAACCCUAAUCACACAUUGCACCUGACGCAACUCGCACAUCCUUCCGUACUUCCGCCGCAUCUUCAUGGCUUAACAAAUCAUCCGGCAACGGAUCAUCAUUUGCAAGGAUUCUCUGCCUUCCUCGCACGUCGUAGAAGAAAGGAAGGCCGACCAAGAAGGCAGAGGACAACAUUCAGCGGGGAACAAACAUUGCGUUUGGAAAUUGAAUAUCGAAGAGGAGAAUACAUAUCGAGAGGUCGAAGGUUCGAACUAGCAGCCUCUUUGAGAUUGACGGAAACACAGAUCAAGAUAUGGUUUCAGAAUCGUCGAGCCAAAGACAAGAGAAUCGAAAAAGCUCAAUUGGAUCAGCAAUAUCGAAACUUUGCUGUUUCCAGCGGCUUCGUAAAUUUGCCCAUUUAUGGAAGCGGUAAUUUCUGCAGACUGUGUCUUUAUAAAGACGCUUUUGGAUCAUCCGCUGCACAUUCGUGUGCAUCCACACACGUUACUACCAUAAGUUCUUCGAUAGACCAACCUCAAUGCAGCAGCAGUAGUGGAAGCGAAAUGUCUGAUAAUCCGUCUACUGUCACAUCACCAAUUUAAAUAGAAGAUCGAUCUUCGUUUAGUAUAGAAAGGUCUAAUAUACAGUUUUGCUAUAAUCGGGGACAAUUUAUGCACGAGAUAGCAAAUCUCACACCGAUAAAACGUUUAUUCAGAUUUCGCUAUUAUAUUCUCGUCGAUAUUCCAUUUAACAAUGGUUAAUAAUCGAUCGCGUGUAUAACUAUAUUAAUUGUAUUAUCGUCUAUGAAAUAUUUGUAAUAUGUGUAAUGUCCAGGGAACGUGUAUUAAUCGAUAAAUUUGAUCAUUCUUCAAACCAAAGAAUACGAGCCUCGAAAGAAAUUCUUCGUUAUUAAGUUGAUCAUAGAGAAUUCUUUUUUUUAAUAUAUCGCUAAUUAUCAUUCAUUUAUAAUAUAUUUAUUAUUGUAAAUAUAUUUUUAAAUCGGUAUGCGUGCGUGUGCGUGAGUCAUAAUUAAUUUAUUGUUUAUAAUCGUAAGAUAAAAGUAAAUGUUUAUCUUGUAUAUCUACAAACGAACACACAUUUCUUUAUUAUAAAAAUUAUUUCUAUUUUGUAAUCCAAUUUUCGUUCGUAUAUAUCGAUAUCCA